AUGCCACCAAAGGUUGUAUCUGGUAAAGCUGCGAAGAAGGCAUCCAAGGCUAAGUUGCCUAAGGUUGACAAGAAGAAGAAGAGGAGGAGGAAGGAGAGCUAUGCUAUCUACAUCUACAAAGUCCUCCGUCAAGUUCACCCUGACACUGGUAUAUCAUCCAAAGCCAUGUCAAUAAUGAACUCCUUCGUCAACGAUAUUUUCGAGCGUAUUGCCGCUGAGGCCAGCAGGUUGUCGCACUACAACAAGAAGUCGACCAUCUCAAGCCGCGAAGUUCAGACAGCUGUCCGUCUCUUGUUGCCUGGUGAGCUUGCCAAGCACGCCGUGUCAGAAGGAACCAAGGCUGUCACGAAGUACAGUGGCUCGAAGUAA